AUAAAAAUAAAUAAAAGAAUGGAUUUAGCGUUUCCCUUUUACAUUUCCGAUUCCAUCUGGACUCCUCUCCUCUCUUCAGCCAUUUGAUGUUCAUCUAGGAAGACGACGACAACCAAAGCUCAGCCUCAGCCUCAGCCAGCCACAGCCACAGCCUCAGUGAAUCUUCGGCGAAAAUGGUUUCUUUCGAAAUGAAUGAUCGGAAAAAGAUUGGAAUAGGAUUGACCGGAUUUGGCGUUUUCUUCUCAUUUCUCGGAAUUAUCUUCUUCUUUGACAAAGGAUUACUUGCCAUGGGAAAUAUACUCUUCUUCUCAGGGGUGACUCUUACAAUAGGACUAAAGUCCUCUAUGCAAUUCUUCAUGAAACCUCAAAAUUUCAAGGGAACAAUUUCAUUUGGUCUUGGCUUUUUCUUGGUAGUUAUAGGUUGGCCCAUUUGUGGCAUGAUUUUGGAGGGAUAUGGGUUCAUUGUACUCUUCAGUGGUUUCUGGCCUACACUAGCUGUUUUUCUGCAGAGGAUACCUAUACUUGGGUGGUUGCUACAACAGCCGUAUAUUAGAUCGCUUUUCGACCGUUAUCGAGGCAGACGGGUGCCUGUGUGAGCUGGGAACUUGAAAGUGCUGCAAUUCUGUGGGCUGGUCCACUUGUAAGUCCUUGUAAAAAAUAUUGUUGGAUUGGACAGACUACUUUCCUUUCUUUUAAAUUUCAGUUGACAGUAGAAAGUGAUCUCUCAUUACAUGGUUUUUAUCUUCUAAAAGAUGAAAACGAUUGAGAAAAGGAAAAAAGAAAAAAAAAAAGAAAGGAAGAAAGUUCCGAUGUGUGGAGUGGACUUAGAAGCCGUGUGUGGCUGGUUGCAUUUCACUCUGCCGAUCAAUAUUUGGUGGUCGUAGUCUUUUUGAAUUAGUCUUAAUGAAUAUAUGAGAAUGAUUGGAGAUCGACUUACAAGAAUAACAAAUAGCCUAAUUUUGUGUUUUAAUUCAGACAUUGUCAGCUACAAGAAAAGAAAAUAUAUGAUUUUUUUUUGUUGUUAUAAU